GUUUCCUUAAUUGCAAGUAUGUUAAAGGAGUUAGUGAUAAAAAAAAAUCACGGACAGAGGUGAGUUUGUUACAGAGCGGGCAUUCCAAAGGGCACAGGAAAAGGGGAGGCUGGUUCUAGGAAGAAGAGGAAUAGUAACCAGAUUGGGGUGCCGGAUGUGUUGGUCAAAUGAAAAAAAUGGCAGACCAGGAUUUGGGGAAAUGUCUCCAGAUGUUAGGGCAAGCAGAAGGGUGAGAGAGGUAAUAUGGGAGUAUGACUUAUGGAGGGACAGGUCCCAUCGUCCUGGAGGUUUUAAUAGUAUGUGGGUUCAGAAUUAGC